AGGUUCUUCAAUACGGUCGACUAUACGAACUACGAGAGAAAGGCGAUUUUACACCGUCUUUCAAGAGCAUGGCUCCGGUAUGCAAAUUCGGUAGGGAUCCAAACUUGGCUCGCCCACGGUACGUUGUUGGGAUGGUUUUGGAAUGGCUUAAAUUUGCCCUGGGAUCUGGAUCUUGAUGUGCAGAUCACAACAACAUCCCUACUAUUGUUGGCCCGCAACUACAAUCAGACAUUGGUAUUAGAUGUGACUGAUAAUGAUAUCAAUCUGGGAGUGGCCACUUAUCUAGUUGACGUUGGCCCUGCUUACCACCACAGGAGUCGAGGCAAUGGUUUGAACACCAUUGAUGCUAGAUUCAUUGAUACCAGCACGGGGUUCUAUGUCGAUAUUACAGCAUUGUCACACACAGAGAAGCAGUUACGCAUGGAAAUGGAGUCAUUGAGGGCCAAAUAUAUUGAAAAUCAAGAAUUAUUUAGCUGCAAAAAUCUUCAUUUUUCAACCUGGGAUAACCUUAGUCCCUUGCGACAAACUUUGUUUGAAGGAGUAAAGGCAUAUGUUCCCAAUGCAUUUCAACAUAUUUUGAAACGAGAGUACCAUCAUGGGUUGUACAGCAAACAGCACGAAAAACACACUUAUAGACCAGUGCUUGACUUGUGGGUGCCCAGUCAUAUCUGCCGCAACGACCCGAUUGGCAACGCGUGUCAUGAUGCCGAUACUUUACUUGAUGCAGACCAUACCAAACAGUUCACCACAUAUCACAGACAAGAAAUGGCAAAAAUCAAGAUAGAGAAUGGUGACUUUGAUACUUUUCGGAUUGAC